CCUUAUUAGCUGAGAUGCGGCGAAGUUUAGGUUAUGUUGAUUAGGCUGCAGUAGAAAGGUGCUAGUCUGCAAAGUGAUGAUUCAAUGGGUAGGCUGUGAUUAUGAAGAAGUUCGAUAAUUGAUGUAAUUCACAACAUAGCUUCCAUUUGAUUCAAAAUUAUUCCUUAAGCCCCCAUCUAAAUUUGAUUUCUGAUUUAUUUCAAGUUUUCAUUCCAAUUUGCAACUAUCUGUUUUAUCAAACUUGGCUUAAAACGAAUGUGCCGGUGGUGUAGAUCAUUUCCUACAAACUCAUUUCCUCUUGGUCGGCCGGUAACAUGCAGUUUGCUAUUCUUAAACCUUACAUGCCGGUGGUGUCUGUGUGUUUUUCCGAAUAAUAUUUUUCUUUUCGGCAUGCUGGUGUACAGUCGGCUUGAUUUUAACCGGACAUGACUGCGGUGAUUGUAGGUCUUUCUUGAUACGGUCUUCCUUUUUCCUUGCAUGCUAGUAGAAAGCUUGGUGUAAGAUUUGAGCCUUAUAUGAUGGCGGUGUGGAUAAACUCCAUUAAUGCUUCUUCUUCUCCGUGGAGCUGCUAUUUUGCUUGUGUGUUGUUUUGAUUUGUAGGUUUUUACUUUCAAUUGUGAUUUCGAUUUGUUGUGGGUUUCCAUUUUACUUCUAUUGUUUUGUGGGUUAUCUUCAUGCGUACUGGGUUUAUAUGUUGCAGGCGCUGUCCUCGGUGGAUGGGAGAUACGUGCGGUCGGCGGUCCGGGCUGCUCUUCAACGUGACGGGCAACGUCCUUGGACUCCUGAUGUCCGACGCGCGGGGGUACGAGCUGUCCCUCUAUGCCAUGAAUGACGUCCUCAGCUUGGCGGGCAAUGUCGUCCGGCUCCUCUUGGCGUUCUGCGCGCGGUGGUACAGGCUGUCCCUCUAUGCCAUGGAUGAUGUCCUCGGCUUGGCUGGUGAUGUCGUCCGGUCCCUCUCGGCAUUGUGCAGGGUGCGGUGCAACUUCAGUCUUGACAUUCUCGGAUGAUGUUCGCCCAAUAUAGUGGGAUGGAUGUGUGGUCUUCGGUCAGCGGUGGGGAUUCUGUAGUGUGAGGUACAGACGUCUGGACCUCUGGGACGGCGGUGCAUGGGCAUUUCUCCUGCGCGACAUCUUCCGUCCUUGAAGUCGCCGAUGUGGGCUCCAGGAUGCGGUGUGGUUCUUCCAUAAUUUAUUGGAU